CACUGCACUGAUCUUAAUACAGAUCGAGAUCAGAUCAUACGAACUCAUCAACCUCCGAAAAAGCCUCGGUCCUUCUUCUCCAAAGUCCCACCUAAUGCCGCUCCACCACCCGAAGCACCGCCAUCACCACGACGAAGACGUCCUCCCCUACCACCGCUCCGACGACGAGGCCAAGCCGCGGCGCCCAUACGUCCCCUCCAGCUUCCCCUCCUCACCUGCCUCCGCCGCUCCCCCCCACCGCUUCCUCCUCCUUUUCGCCGUUGUCUGCCUCCUACUCGCCGUGGCCUCCCUCUCCUUCGCCGUGUCCGUUAGCCGCCGCCCUGUGCCACUCCAGUCGCCUCCCGACUCCGUCGCCUUCCGCUGUGGCCGCGCCGAGGACUCCCUACGCUCCUUCCUCGCCUCCUCCGGGAACUACUCAGCUGGCGACAGAGAAAAGGUGCUCGCUGUCGUUGGCGUCCACACUGAGCUCGGAUCCGCCGCCCGCCGUGCUGCGCUCCGUGCCACCUGGUUCCCGCCAAACCCUGAAGGCGUCGUAAGUUUGGAACAUGGAUUUGGUUUAUCUUUUAGGUUUGUCAUUAGAAGGACGAAGGACAAAGAAAAAAUGGCAGAUCUUCAGAAAGAGGUAGACAUGUAUCAUGACUUUUUGUUUAUUGAUGCUGAUGAGGGUACGAAGCCCCCAGAGAAGAUGUUAGCAUAUUUCAAAGCAGCUUAUGACAUGUUCCAUGCAGAAUUUUACGUCAAAGCUGAUGAUACUAUCUAUCUGCGCCCAGAUAGACUUGCUGCUCUCCUUGCAAAGGACCGACUUCAUCACCGGACUUAUAUUGGUUGCAUGAAGAAGGGACCGGUUGUCAGUGAUCCGAAUAUGAAAUGGUAUGAAAGUUCAUAUGGAUUAUUAGGUAAUGAGUACUUCAUGCAUGCAUCUGGUUCACUGUAUGCUCUUUCUUCAGAAGUGGUGGGAGCUAUAGCUACUACAAACAAUGAUAGUUUAAGGAUGUUUGAUUAUGAGGAUGUUACUAUUGGCUCAUGGAUGCUUGCCAUGAAUGUAAAUCAUGAAGACAACCGUGCAAUGUGUGAUUCCACAUGCACUCCCAGUUCCAUUGCUGUAUGGGACAGCAAGACAUGUUCAGGCUCUUGUAACCCCAUUGAGAAAAUAAAGGAGCUGCACAACACAACUUUGUGCUCAAAAAGCCCAACAUUACCGCCUGAAGUGGAGGAGGAAGAGUAGAAUAUAAUACUGAUACAUUAUUGACCCAUGAAUGGGCUAUUGUGUGGAUGCCAAUGCCUCCCUUAUGGGGAAAUUGGAUUCAUUAUCGCCUGGAGUUAUAUUGUUGUAUGUAUCGCCGAUCUUGUUUGGACAGCAAUCUUGUUGUAGCUCAUACUGCCGGAGGAUACGUGCAGAAGAUACCACAAGAACAGCGGGGUAUUUGAGUGCAUACCACCAAUUGAUCUGUGCAAACAACAUCCGCGCUAGGUUCAGGUAUAUUCACAAGUGGGGAUACUUAUUUAUAGUUGAUGUUCACCGAUGUACAUACACCACUGAUAUGUUGCUAUGUCCUGUUGGUUGGGCACCUGACAGUAUGAUCAGGGUUAUUUAUAGUUGGUGCCAUCUGAUUCCAGUUGUCUGGCCCCAUUUUGUGAUUGUUAGAGAUAUAUUUGGGAUACUUGUAUUUGAUAGUCUAGGAUUUGUAAUCCGUCUCCUACCUUAUCUUCAGAAGAGGCGUCUUGCCCUUCAAGUCUUGUAUUCAAUAUAUACUCGCCCUCGAGGCUCAAUAAUACAACGAUCAAUCCAUCAUAUUCCACCAA